GGUGACCCCAUCAUGGCCACCCAGAUGUUUGAGGGGAGAGGGCACGCGGCCGUCUACCAGAAGUACAGGUUUGCGCCAGGCAAAGAGCUGCAGCAAAUCAUCCUGGGCUACGUGCAGGAGAAGAGGGCAAAACCUGUGGAGCUGGUGGUGGAUGUUGGCUGUGGGUCUGGACAAGGCACCCUUUUCCUCGCGGAGCACUUCAAGAAGGUGGUGGGAACGGACAUCAGCGAAGCGCAGAUCCAGGAGGCCAAAGACUCCUCCUCCCCACCCAACGUCUCCUACCUUGUGUGCCCUGCAGAGGUGCUGCCAUUCGAGGAUGCCUCGGUGGACGUCCUGACUUCAUUCACGGCCGCGCACUGGUUUGACAUUGAGAAGUUCAUGAAAGAAGCAAACCGGGUGCUUAAGCCGGGGGGUUGCAUAGUCCUGUGCACCUACACCUUGGACAUGAGCCCACACUAUGGCAACUGCUCCGAGAAGCUGACCAAAAUCUUCAAGGAGUCCUGGGACAAGCUUACAAAAUACUCACACAGUAAAGUCAAGCAUGUCUUGGAAGACUACAAGGAGAUCUUUGAGGCCUUGCCGUUUCCAGACAAAAAGAG